AUGAAGUCUCUCCAGUUGCUUGCCCGCGCACGGCCGGCCCUGUUCCAUCAUCCCCCGAGAAAUUCACUCCGCACCUUCAGCACUGUCCGCAAUCACGCGCAGUCUCAGCGUACCUCGAGCACAAACUCUCCUCAAUCAGAGCGACCCGUCAACUUCUACAGCACCCACGGCCGCGCCUUUUUCAAAGCCAUCACGCUGGCGUUCCUGACAUACCAAAUCGCAUACUGGGCAUGGCUGACGCUGGAGACGGAAUACGUCAAAGACCAGAAGAAUCGCGAGAUCAAGUCGCUCGAGCAAGAAGUGAGGUUGUUGGAUGAAGGUCGAAAGGCUCACAGACCUGGCACGUCUUGA